AUGGGAACCGAAAUCCAGGACCUGAAACUGGACGAGGCCGGUUAUCGCGGCCAACGCUUUGCCGACUGGCCGAGUGACGUCAAAGGCAAUAACGACCUUUUGAGCCUGACCCAGCCCGAUGCGAUCCGGAAGAUCCAUGUCGACUAUCUGGAGGCUGGGGCGGACAUCAUCGAAACCAACACGUUCUCCUCCACGACGAUUGCCCAGGCCGAUUACGGUAUGGAGGAACUUGCCUACGAACUUAACCUGGAGAGCGCCAGACUUGCGCGCGAAGCCUGCGAUAUCGUCACGAAUAAGGACCCUGCGCGUCCCCGUUUUGUUGCUGGAGCGCUGGGACCGACCAAUCGGACGGCAUCGAUCUCGCCGGAUGUCAAUGAUCCCGGAUAUCGGGCUGUUUCCUUCGACGAUCUCAGGAUUUCCUAUGCGGAGGCAGCGCGUGGCCUGAUCGCCGGAGGCGCGGAUAUUCUUCUGGUCGAGACCAUUUUCGACACGCUCAACGCCAAAGCCGCCCUGUUUGCCAUCGACGAGGUUUUUGAGGAAAUCGGCAGGAUCCUGCCGGUGAUGAUCUCAGGCACGAUAACCGAUCUGUCCGGCCGCACGCUCUCCGGGCAAACGCCGGAAGCCUUCUGGAACUCGGUCCGCCAUGCGGAGCCGUUCACCGUCGGUCUCAACUGCGCUCUCGGAGCGAAGGAAAUGCGCGCCCAUGUCGACGAGCUCGGCCGGGUUGCCGAUACGCUUGUCUGCGCUUACCCGAAUGCGGGAUUGCCGAACGAAUUCGGCGAGUAUGACGAGAGUCCCGAACAUAUGGCCGGGUUGCUUGAGGAAUUUGCGUCAGCCGGCCUCGUCAACGUUGUUGGCGGGUGUUGCGGCACGACACCGGCCCAUGUCAGGGCAAUUGCUGAUGCCGUUGCCGACAAGACACCGCGUCCGAUUCCUGAAGUCGCACGGCAUAUGCGCUUGUCCGGACUCGAACCGUUUGUGCUGACCAAGGAAACCAACUUCGUCAAUAUCGGUGAACGGACCAACGUCACGGGUUCGGCCCGUUUCCGGCGCCUCAUCAAGGAAGGCGAUUAUGCGACGGCACUCGAUGUGGCCCGGCAACAGGUCGAAAAUGGCGCCCAGAUCAUUGAUGUGAACAUGGAUGAGGGGCUUCUGGAUUCAGAAGAUGCCAUGGUCACGUUUCUCAACCUUGUUGCCGCCGAGCCGGAUAUUGCCCGGGUGCCGGUCAUGAUCGACAGUUCCAAGUGGAGCGUCAUCGAGGCAGGGCUGAAAUGCAUCCAGGGCAAGGGUGUCGUCAAUUCGAUCUCCAUGAAAGAGGGCGAGGACGCGUUCAUCGAACAGGCCCGUUUGAUCCGCCGGUAUGGCGCCGCCGUUGUCGUCAUGGCUUUUGACGAGAAGGGGCAGGCGGAUACCUUCGAAAGAAAGACCGAAAUCUGUGCCCGUUCUUAUGAACUUUUGACCGGCGUCGUCGGGUUCCCACCGGAAGACAUUAUCUUCGAUCCCAAUAUUUUCGCCGUUGCAACAGGGAUCGAGGAGCACAACAACUACGGUGUCGAUUUCAUCGAGGCGACCGGCUGGAUACGCGAAAAUCUGCCCCAUGCCCAUGUUUCGGGCGGUGUAUCGAACCUGUCGUUCUCAUUCCGCGGCAAUGAGGCGGUGCGUGAAGCAAUGCACUCCGUAUUCCUGUACCACGCCAUUCAGCGUGGCAUGGAUAUGGCAAUCGUCAACGCAGGCCAGCUUGCAGUCUACAAUGACCUCAGUGCCGAUCUUCGCGACCAUUGCGAAGACGUCGUGCUGAACCGCCGUGACGAUGCGACGGACAGGAUGCUUGAUGCGGCCGAACGCUGGAAAGGCGAAGGCGGCAAGAAAAGGGAAGCCGAUCUCACUUGGCGCACCUGGGGUGUUGCCAAGCGCCUGGAGCAUGCUCUUGUUCAUGGCAUUGAUGACUACGUUGUCGAGGAUACCGAGGAAGCACGCCAGGCAUUCGAUCGUCCUUUGCAUGUGAUCGAAGGUCCGCUGAUGGAUGGAAUGAACGUGGUCGGCGACCUGUUCGGCUCCGGCCAGAUGUUCCUGCCACAGGUGGUGAAGUCCGCGCGCGUGAUGAAAAAGGCCGUCGCGUAUCUGAUGCCUUUCAUGGAAAAGGAGAAAGCGGAACUUGGUCUGACCGGACAUUCGUCUGCAGGCAAGAUCCUGAUGGCGACCGUGAAGGGUGAUGUGCAUGACAUCGGCAAGAACAUCGUCGGCGUCGUGCUCCAGUGCAACAAUUUCGAGGUCAUCGAUCUCGGUGUAAUGGUACCGGCAGCCAAAAUCCUGGAAACGGCGAAAGAGGAAAAGGUGGACAUGAUCGGCUUGAGCGGGCUGAUCACUCCUUCGCUCGAUGAAAUGUGCCAUGUCGCGGCCGAGCUGGAGCGUGAAAACAUGGAACUGCCGCUGUUGAUUGGCGGUGCGACGACAUCGAAAAUCCACACCGCCGUGAAGAUUCACCCGAACUACGCGCGCGGACAGGCGAUCUACGUAACCGAUGCCGGGCGGGCCGUCGGCGUUGCGACCAAACUGAUGAGCGAAGGCGCGCGCGAACCUUAUUUUGCCGAUGUACGCACGGAGUAUGCCGACGUUGCCGAAAAACAUGCCGCCAGCCGGGGGACGCAGAAACGCGCUUCUAUCGUGACGGCCCGGAAAAAUGCGUUCAAGUGCGACUUUGAAGGCAAGCCACCGAUUGCGCCCAGAAAGCCCGGACGUACCGUGUUUGACGACUUUCCGCUGGAAGAGCUCGUGCCGGUGAUUGACUGGACGCCGUUCUUCGCGACCUGGGAGAUCAAGGGGCGGUAUCCGGGCGUCCUCACGGACAACCGAUAUGGUCCGGCAGCCAAGGCGCUUUACGACGAUGCCCGCCGGAUGCUGGAUGAGAUCGUUGAAAAGAAGCUUUUGACGGCACGCGGUGUUGCCAGUAUCUGGCCGGCCAACGCGGUCGGGGACGACAUACGCCUCUUUACCGAUGAAAGCAGGUCUGCAGAACUGGCCACGUUCCAUACGUUGCGGCAGCAAAUGUCCCGCAAUGCGGGCGGGCGGGCCAAUGUUGCACUCAGCGAUUUCGUGGCGCCUCACGAGAGCGGUGUUGAUGACUGGCUCGGCGGGUUCGCGGUAACGGCAGGUCACGGCGAAGACGAGCUCGCGGCCCGGUAUGCCCGCGAAAGCGACGACUACAACAAGAUCCUGUCCCAGGCGCUCGCGGACCGGCUCGCGGAAGCCUUUGCGGAAAAACUGCACCAGAUCGUUCGCAAGGACGUGUGGGGUUACGCCACAGAUGAAACUCUUUCGGCCGAGGAAAUCAUUGCCGAGAAUUAUCAGGGCAUUCGUCCGGCGGCUGGCUAUCCGGCCCAGCCGGACCACACCGAAAAGGAUACCCUGUUCCGCCUUCUGGAUGCGGAAAGGCUCACCGGAAUCCAGUUGACGGAAAGCCGUGCGAUGCUUCCAGGGUCGUCGGUUUCCGGACUGUAUCUUGCCCACGCGGACAGCCACUAUUUUGGCGUCGGCAAGAUCGAAAGAGACCAGGUCGAAGACUAUGCUGCACGAAAGGGCUGGGAUCUCGGCCUGGCAGAACGCUGGUUGGCGCCGAUACUGAACUACGAUCCGGCGCGCAUGGAAGCUGCAGAGUAG